GGAACGUGACAGUCAUCGACAGCAGCGCCUUCGUUCCUUCACGGAGUGAACCUGGAUUGAGAAAGGAUUUAAAUGUUUGGAAGAUGAACAACAGUGGAAGCCCAACAUUUGCAGGAGUGACUCCAGUCAACUUGCUCUCAACAUUUGCUGCUUUGCAUGUGGCAAGUACAAACAAGUCCAAGAAUUUGAGCAUGCCCCUGGAGCUGUCUGUCAAAAACUCAAGUACAGAGGAGCAAAGGUUUUUCUUGGAGACGCCAGCAGCACAGGCACUCUCUGGGAUAUUUGUUUGGGCGGCUCUGAUUGUGACAUUUCACCAGAUAUACCAGCAUCUCCGACACUACAGCUCACCCAACGAACAGCGCUACAUUCUCCGAAUCCUUUUCAUCGUUCCCAUCUAUGCCUUUGACUCCUGGCUAAGCUUGCUUUUGAUCAGUAAUGAUCAGUACUAUGUUUACUUUGACUCUGUGCGAGAUUGUUACGAAGCUUUUGUGAUUUACAAUUUCCUCAGCCUCUGCUAUGAGUACCUGGGUGGAGAAAGCUCAAUAAUGUCAGAAAUCAGAGGGAAACCCAUUAAGUCCAGCUGUAUGUAUGGAACAUGCUGUCUGAUGGGUAUGACCUACUCCAUUGGAUUUUUACGGUUUUGUAAACAGGCUACCCUACAAUUCUGCGUGAUUAAACCUCUAAUGGCAGUGAUCACCAUUAUUUUGCAAGUGUAUGGCAAAUAUCACGAUGGAGACUUUGAUGUGAGAAGUGGAUAUCUAUAUAUCACUAUUAUUUAUAACAUCUCUGUGAGUCUUGCACUCUAUGCAUUGUUCCUCUUUUACUUCGCCACAAGUGAACUCCUCAGUGCGUUUGAUCCUAUUCUGAAAUUCCUGACGGUGAAAUCUGUUAUUUUUCUCUCCUUCUGGCAAGGAAUGCUGCUAGCGAUCUUGGAGAAAUGUGGAGUAAUUCCAGAAGUCCAGAUUAUUGAUGGCCAUGAAGUCAGGGCAGGGACAGUGGCUGCAGGCCACCAGAACUUCAUCAUCUGCAUUGAGAUGUUCUUUGCUGCCGUUGCCCUUCGCUAUGCCUAUCCAUCUCAAGUGUACAGUGAAAAGCGUGAGACCACACCAGGUAACAUAGCUCCCAUGCAAAGCAUAUCCAGCGGCCUAAAGGAGACUAUGAAUCCAAAUGACAUUGUGCAGGAUGCGAUCCACAACUUCUCCCCAGCCUAUCAGCAGUAUGCACAGCAAUCAACCCAAGAUGAAGUAACACCCAGACAUAAUGGACAUACCUUGCCCCAAGCAUGUACCCAUUUUGCAAACCGCCGAAAAACUGGUGAGAAGAUUAUCCUCAUCAGCUCUGAGGAUGAGCUGUAGA